CCUUUUGAGCGGUAGUCGCCAUAUUGUGCGUUUGGCAUUUCACGUUCUCGAGGGUGACGCUUGCCGAACAGCCGACCUUUUUCAGUUAUCGUUUUAGUUAAAGUUAGUACAGUCAGUGAGAAAAUGGUUGAUAAAAUCGAGAUGAGCUUAGACGACAUAAUAAAGUCGAACAAACCACGCAGAGGCGGCGGCGGUGGACGCCGUGGUGGCCGCGGCGGCCGCGGUGGGGCCGCCGGCGGAGGUGCUGGAGGCCAGGCCAGCCGCAGGGGAUCGAAUUUUAGACGUUCAGGCGGCGGCGGAAGAGACGGCGUCCAGAGGGGCCGCGGCCGCGGCGGCAUUACAAGAAGCUACACCCGGGGAGACGUGAACAGUGCAUGGAAGCAUGACCUGUUCGAAGGCUACGGUCCACGCAAGGUGGCCGCAGCCCGAGCGAUCGUACAGGCUACCAUGGGGCCCACCAAGCUCAUGGUCUCUAAUCUCGAUUUCGGUGUGUCCGAUUCCGACAUUCAGGAGCUUUUCGCCGAAUUUGGGCCCCUAAAAAGUGCCGCCGUUCACUAUGAUCGCUCCGGUCGAUCACUUGGCACCGCUGAUGUCAUAUUUGAACGAAGAAGCGACGCCAUUAAGGCUAUGAAGCAAUACAAUGGAGUUCCCCUGGAUGGACGUGCCAUGAACAUACAAUUAACCACCUCAGAAAUCCCUUCACCCAUCAGAAGGGUGAACCAUGAUCGACCAAGGAACUUUAACAGGCCCACACAGAGAGGGGGAGGCAAAACACGACCAUCAAGAGGUGGUCGUGGUGGACGUAAUCCCCGUAACCAAAGGAAAGGAGCGGCUCCGACCGCUGAAGAAUUGGAUGCAGAACUAGACGCUUACAGCAAGGAGACAAAGCAGUAAAAUGAGGCAAAUAAGCGUUUUAGUGAUGGACACUGACUGUGUGAUUUGUGAAUUUUUAUUUUAAGUAUGUUUGAUUAAUAUAAAUUAUGCAUAGGUUUUGUUUGAAAACAUAUUUGAUACCAUCCCUGUAAGUUUACAUUGUUUAAAGUUUAUUAAUCUUAGAAUAAAUAAGUCUUAGAUUAGAAUAUGAAUUGUUUUUGUCAAUUUUACCAACUGUAUUCAUAUUUAAUACACCUUUUGAAAUUA